CUCCCGUCGCGCCCCGCGGCGCCCCCCCCCUUAGCCGCCGCCAUGGGGGCCGCCGUCUUCUUCGGGUGCGCGGGCAUCGCCUUCGGGCCGGCGCUCGCCCUCGUCCUGCUGACGGUGGCGGCGGAGCCGCUGCGGGUCAUCAUCCUGGUGGCGGGGGCGUUUUUCUGGCUGGUCUCCCUUCUCCUGGCGUCCCUCAUCUGGUUCGUUUCCGUCCAUCUCAGCGACCGGGAGGACGCCAAGCUUCAGUACGGCCUCCUCAUCUUCGGGGCCGCCGUCUCCGUCCUGCUGCAGGAGGCUUUCCGAUUCGCCUACUUCAAGCUGCUGAAGAAAGCGGACGAAGGCUUGGCCACGAUCAGCGAGGACGGCCGGUCGCCCAUCUCCCUCAAGCAGAUGGCCUACGUGUCCGGCCUGUCCUUCGGCAUCAUCAGCGGCGUCUUCUCCGUCAUUAACAUCCUGGCUGAUUCCAUCGGGCCGGGCGUCGUCGGGAUCCACGGGGACUCGCCGUACUACUUCAUCACCUCCGCGUUCCUCACCAUGGCCGUGGUUCUGCUCCACACCUUCUGGGGAGUGAUUUUCUUCGACGCCUGCGAAAGACGCCGCUACUGGUGCCUGGGGGUGGUGGUCGCCAGUCACCUCGCCACGUCGGGGCUGACGGUCCUGAACCCCUGGUACGAGGCCAGCCUGGUCCCCAUUUACAUCAUCACCGUCUGCAUGGGCGUCUGGGCCUUCGUCACGGCCGGGGGCUCCUUCCGCAACGUCCUCAAGUGCCUCUCCUGUAAGCAGGAGGCCGACGGCCGCGUGAUGAUGUACUCAGCGCUGCAGGUGCCUUUCGAGGAGUGAGCGUCGACGGCAGCCCUGCCCGCCCGCGCCGCCUCCGCACCC